AAUUAUAUGCACAUUUCAUGCAAAAAAAAAAAAAAAAAAAAGACACCCAACUUUCAUCAUCUUAUAUUGUUUUUUCAUUUCUAAAAACACUCCUUUCCUCUAAAUACAAACCAAAACUCACUUUUCAAAAUAUGUUCAAACCAUAACAUCCCAAUCAUAAGACUUGAAUUUCUUUGACUUUUUCAUUCCCUUAAAAUACCAAAAACAAAACAAAACAAAAAUUUGUCGAAACUAAUCCGAUUUUUCUUUCUUUCUUUCUAAGACAAAUUAAACACUUUAUUUUUUUUCUUUUUUCAAAUGUGUUGAAGGGAAAUUAACAGAAGAAUUUGUUCCCUCCAACACAAAAGUUUUAAGGUGGUAAAAAAUGGUGAAAAUGGAAUGUAAAAGAUUAUUGUUGGUUUUAAUGAUGGUGGAUUGUGUAAUGGGAUUUACUCAUAUUGUUGGAGGACGAUUUGGGUGGCGUGUGCCUCGAAAUUUGACAUUUUUUGAUGAAUGGGCUAAGCCAAGAACAUUUGGAGUUGGUGAUAGACUUGUUUUCCCAUCCAGGCCAUGUGGGAACAAUGUGGUAUGGGUAGGCAAAGAUGACUAUGAACAUUGCACCCAAAACAAUAUCACCAAAGCUUUCUAUGAAGGGCCUUUAGUCCUAAACCUAACCCAAACUGGUGACUAUUAUUUCUAUAGUGGUGUGGGCAAGCAUUGUGAGGCUGGUCACAAGCUCCACAUCAAUGUUGGUGACAAACAAGGGUUUUCGGGUGACGAUCAUCCGUUCAAGUACUUCGACGGUGACACUUUGUCUAAUUACACCGUCAAUGCUUCUUCCCCCGACGCUGCUUCUAAGCUCCAACACUCCUCGGCCACCGCCAUCCACUCGGUUUUCACUUCUAGUUUGUUACUUACUUGUUACUUCUUCUUGUCUUUGUUCUUUAUCUAAUAAUAUAGACUAAUAUAAUAUCGGUAUUAAUUGAUGUAAUUAAGUAUUAAAUCUUACGUUUGCAGAACUUACAUAAUUUAAUACUCAAUUAUGUUGUUUGCUUCUC